GAGACCAGAAGCAGAACAUUUGCUGCAGAUGGUUCAGAUAUUCAGGUGAGCAGCAGAGUUAAACCUCCUGUAGGCCUGAAGGGAGCCGGCCUCCAGUCUGACAAGUUGGACCAGGAGUGGGUGGAGUUUCUGCAGAAACCUCACCUUUUACCGUCAGUUGUUCUGGCAUUUCAGCUGCUGCAAUGGCGGAGGCCAGGCCUUCUUUGUCGAGUGAGGAGCUUUCAGACGACAGGCCUCCUUCCCAUAGUGAGGAGAGUCAAGACGAAGACGAAGAGUCUUCCUCCCCUAUUGGAUGUAGUUUUAUUAUGGGAAAGCCCAAGAGCAUUUGGUCAUUUUUCCUCGAUGUGCUGGGUCUUGCAUUGUUUGUUCUUGAUGUUGUUUUGGACUUCAAGACUCUGGUGAUGUUUGGCAUGAAUAGAGAGUAUGGGCACCUCGCUGUUCUGCUGGUUCUGCUCAUGGGCUCGGCCGUGCUCACACACACUUUCAGCUGGCUCUGGUACAAGGAUGAUGAGUUUGCCAUGAUGACCAACCUGGAGAGGAUCCUGUAUCCCAACCUUGGAUUUCUGCACAUCUUCCAUUUAGGAAUCUACACCAGACAUGCAGCCAUAGCAACGGCUUCAAUGGAAAACCUCCGCUUUCAGUCCGAGGAGCUGAAGAAAAUAAUAAAGUACCGUAAACACGAUCAGAGAAUUCUGGGGAUCUUUGAGGCGUACUUGGACAGCGCUCCUCAGGUCGUCCUCCUGCUCAGCAUCGUCCUGAGUGACGAUGGCUGGACACCGGCUGUCCUCACAGUGCAUAAGAUCCUGGUCUCAUUUGUGAGCAUCAUCUUCUCUGAGGCCAAGUACUACAAGUCAGUCAUCUCCUGCCUCAGUGAGACCGACCAAUUCUGGUGCUGCUCUUGUACGACUGUGAUGCGGUUGGCGCUCUUCUUCCUCUGGAAGCUGCUCUUGGUGUUGAGUCGCCUUGUUGCCCUCGCCCUCUUCGCCUCCGUGGAGCCCUGCUACAUCUUCACCCACUUCGUCUGCUCCUGGCUGCUCCUGUUCUUCGUUGCCUCUUACAUCGAGACGAAACAAGAAGACUCGGUCUUCAGGAAGUCUGUCGGUGAGAAGUGGCUGUUCCGAGGCACUGUGGCCCUCAUCUGGUACUUCAGCUGGUUCAGUGGCGUGGUGAGGAGGAGGACCAGCAAACUGAUGCUGUUCUACCACCUCUACAUGCUGGUGGACAUCUGGGUCCUCUGUGGGUUGUGGUACUGUGGAAUUGGCUCAAAUCCGCUUCACUUACAGAUCUCAUCUUUGCACAUUGCAGUCUUUGCUGGAAGUGUGCCCGCUUUUUAUGUCAUUGGGUUGUUUUGGAAGGGGAUUUAUUUUUAUGGCGUCCAUCCAGAUGUGGAGGAAAAGAAGCUGGAAGAAGACAAGAAGAAGGAGAAGAUGAGUUUCUUCACUCAUCUCCAGCCAACUAAGUGGAUGUGUGUGAAGAAACAAAAACAACUCAUCUCCUCUAUGAAAAUCAUCUUCUAUCUCUUCUAUCUGUUGCCCGGUUUUAGUAAAUGUUUUAAAAACCUUGGACCUGAUUCCAACGAACCGCCUCACAGCAACAGGAGGAUGGAGGAACUGGCCAAGAGUUUCUACAUAAAACAAUCUGACGGCUCUGAGGAUUCUCAGCAGGUUUCUACUGCAGGCGACUGAUGAGAGGAAAGUUCAUCUCUGACUCAAGAUGCAACUAUUGUGAUGACCUCUGACCUGCCCCUCCAGAUCCACAUAAAGCCGGUUCCACAGUGGUUCUUCUCCAGCUGCAGAACAUUUCCAGGACCAGAGACUAAAGUCUCAGAUCAGAGAAACUCAUCCAGGCUUUGAUUCCUGCAGCA